UGAGAGCGCCGCCAAACGCGUGGGCAGCUCGCAGUGCCCCGGAUCGGCCGGCAAAGGGGGCUUCAAACAGCCAGCUUCACAGAACAUUGUGCCACUGCUCCCACCGCAAAUGUUCCUUGUACCAGGUACUUCCUUCUAAGGCUUGGAGUCAAUCAGAACAGAGGGAAUAAGCAAAAUGAUCAUAAAUUUCCUAAUUAGAGAUUUCGCACCAAGACAAAAAGGUGUUAAUGAGUUUAAUUCCAGUGUCUGUCAUUGUCCCUUUUUUCACACCACUUAUUUACUAAUGGCCCAGAGGGCUGCUCCUGUCUCUCCUUUGUUAAGAUUUUAAUUUGCCUUCUUUUCUGCCUUUGAUGUAAAAUUGUGACCUACAACUCUUUGAAGUCCCUUAUUAGGAAGAAAAUUAACUUGCUCUUCCACUGUAGCUGCCUACUGUUAGCCUAGGCAAAAUGGAGAGAACUCCUUAAAGAUUCACUGCAUAGAAAAAAUUUUCAAGCUGACUCUGGAAAUGCAAAUUAAAAACUCUAAUAGACUUUUAAAUCUAUAUUAGGACCCACGCGCAGGCCGGGGCAGAGGGCUGGGCUGGGGGGAGGGAAUAUCUUAAUAAAGAAAACAAACCCUGGAAACCCAGCCUAGGGAAGGCUGGAAAUGGCACAUUCUGCAAGGGGGAAAAAAGGGCUUUAUUUUAAAAAUGUCAGAAGUUUUUCCUCUUCCUCCAUGUAAUUUACAAUUGAGAACCCCAGCUUCCUCUGCCUUUUAUUUCAGAGAAGAGAAGGGGAAAAACUAUGAAAGACUAUAUAUAUAUAUAUAGAUAUAAUAAAAUUAGAAAACCAUGGGGCAGGGUUAAACCUUUGUAAAACACUAAACUGAUUGGCGAUCGCUAAAACGAGAUUUUAAAGCAACUCAAAUAAAAGAUCGCGACGUCAGUAAACAGAUCUAGAAAAAAAAAGCUAGUGACAAACCCAGGGAGAGAGCUCUGGGCUUGAGAGAGAGAGAGAGAGAGAGAGAGAGAGAGAGACUUAAAAGAAAUAGGAGGGGCUUGAGAGAGACUAGAAAUGUCAAUCAGAGCCCGGAGUCCCAAUAAUCUCAGGCAAUCUGUUAGGACCUGACCUAGGUCCACUCAGAUCAAUAGGAAAAGUGAGAGAAGAAAGAAGCGAUCGGAUCGUUUACAGCAGCGGGCAGAGAGAGGAGGAAGCUCACGGCCUUUUGAACACCCCUCUCUUCCCCUCCCCCCCACCCAUGUCUGCAAGAGUUUGCGGAAGGCACUGAAAAGUGCAGACAGCCAGAAAGGGCGAGCAAGCCAGCUCCCUCCUCUCCUGCAGCCCUUCUACUUUCUCUCCUUUCUCUCUCUCCUUUUCUCUUCCCCCCUCUCCUCCUUUCCCCCCUCCCCUGCCCCCCUCUCCCCACCAUGUCUUUCCCCCAGCUGGGCUACCAAUAUAUCAGGCCGAUUUACCCCUCUGAUCGGCAGGGGAGCGGCGGCUCCCGAAGCGGGACGGAGCUCACUCCGUCCGGGGCGCUCUCUAACGUGCUCUCCUCCAUGUACGGAGCGCCCUACGCGGCGGCGGCGGCAGCUCAAGGAUACGGGGCUUUCCUGCCUUACACCGCCGAGCUCCCCAUCUUCCCGCAGCUGGGCGCCCAGUACGAGCUGAAGGACGGCCCGGGAGUGCAGCACCCCGCCUUCCCGCACCACCACCCCGCCUUCUACCCCUACGGGCAGUACCAGUUCGGGGACCCGUCGCGGCCCAAGAACGCCACCCGCGAGAGCACCAGCACGCUCAAGGCCUGGCUGAACGAGCACCGCAAGAACCCCUACCCCACCAAGGGCGAGAAGAUCAUGCUGGCCAUCAUCACCAAGAUGACCCUCACGCAGGUCUCUACCUGGUUCGCCAACGCCCGGAGGCGGCUCAAAAAGGAGAAUAAAAUGACCUGGGCCCCCCGCAGCCGUACGGACGAGGAGGGCAACUCCUACGGCAGCGACCACGAGGGGGAAGAGGACAAGCGGGAGGACGAGGAGGAGAUCGACCUGGAGAACAUCGACACCGAGAACAUCGAGAGCCACAAGGACGAGCUGGAGGACGAGCUGCAGGACGCCGACCUCCUGCACUCAGACGCCAAGACGGACUCCGAGGGCUCCGACGGCUUCGAGGACCUGCCCGGCGCGGACGAGCGCUUCCUCAAGGCCGUGGAGCCGCACCCGGCCCCGCACCGGCACCCGCACCCGCCCGGCGAGCCCCUCCCGCUGCCCCCCGCGCCGCACCACCACCUCUCCUCGUCCUCCUCGUCCUCGGCCUCGUCCUCCCCCGCCUCGCCCCCGACAGACGCCAGCCUGGCCAGCACCGUGCCCAAGCCCAAGAUCUGGUCCCUGGCGGAGACUGCCACCAGCCCGGAUAACCCCCGCAAGUCCCCCGGGGGCGGCCGCGGCUCCUCGCCCCCCGCCGCCGCCCCCCAGCCCCUGCCGCUGGCUCCUCCUCCCCCGGCCCCCCACAGACUCGUCUCGUCCUGCCCGCUGGGCAAGUUCCCCAACUGGACCAGCCGGGCGUUCCCGGCCCACCCCCACCCCGCCCCGCACCCGCUCACCUUGCUCAACACCCCGCACCUCCUGGGACUCGGGGCGGGCCCCGGCGCAGCCUCGGGCGCUGCGGCCAUCGCCGCCUUCUCCAGACCCGCAGACCAGGCGCAGAGCGCGGAGGCCGCCGGAACAGAUCGAUCUAGUGCCUUGGAAGUAGAGAAAAAGUUAAUAAAGACAGCUUUCCAGCCAGUUCAGAGGCGGCCCCAGAACCAACUUGAUGCAGCUAUGGUUCUAUCCGCGUUGUCAUCAUCAUAGUUAAUUUUUUUAUUGUUGUUGUAAUGAUUGUAAAAAAAUCUGUAUAGUUACAACUUGUAAGCAUGUCCGUAUAUUAAAAUUAAAAAGAAAAAAAAAAGAAAAGAAAAGAAAAGAAACCGCUUCUGUACUCUCCUCUGAAUUAGCUGAGUGUGUGAGGUUUUUUUUUUUUUUUUUUUUUUUUUUUGGAAGUCCAGUGAGAAUUAGGUGUCUCGAAUUUUUUUUUUGUAUAUACAGUAAAAAAUGUACAUAUGUGUGAACCAAAUUGUACAAGAAAGUAUAUAUUUUUGGCUAAUAAAUAAACUGUUGCCACUUUGACUACA